GCCAUUAUUGAUGGACAAGCAAAACUAACACUACUUUUAGACGAAAUAUCAAAAGUCAGAACCAACAGCAAGAUAGUUUUUUGAAGUCCAGAAAUGGAAUUAAAGAUCCUAAUCGUGGAAAUGAAGAUACAAGUUGACCAAGCAAAAACUUUCCCUCCUGAAAGCUAGCAAGCCCCACCUCCCUCCCCCGCCAUCUUCUCUCUAGCUAACUUGUUUCCAACAUAUAUCAUAGACCAAGCCAUCUAGCUAACUUGUUCCCAAGUGAUCGAUACCCUCCACCUUUAUGACAAUCCAAAGCAAUAACACUAAGUCGAGAUAAGGAAUUUCCAAGUGAUCGAUACCCUCCACCUUUAUGCCAAUGUGUCCUUAAAAUUUCCAUCACCUUUUUGACAUGGCAAAGCAAGGAAUAGUGAUGCCGCCUGAAAUUCUUGCCGCUUCUCCGCGUACAUGCAUGCACAUACACGCAAAAACGAAACCCUCUCCUCCUUAUAAAUACUCCUCCAAACUUCCAUCCUUCUCCAUCUCAUCUCCUCUUGCAGUUUCCACCACAACAGCACACACUCACAGCGAGUGGAAGCAAAAGAGGAGAAGGGAUCGCCAAAAUACCGUUUUCAGAAAAAGCUAGAAAGAGUUCCAUCUUGGCCGAGAAACCAUGGCCAAGUCAUCAUUCGUGGUGUUGGUAGCUUUGUUGGCGAUGCUGAUGGCCAUGGAGGCCGCACUUGCGGCCGAUAAGGGUGGCAGCAACAACAAUAACAACAACAGCAACAGCAACAACAACAACGGCAACACCAACAACAGCAACAACAGCAACAAUAACAACAACAAUAACAACAACAACAAUAACAACAACGGCAACAACAUCAACAUCGGCGGUGGAGGGAAGAAGAAAGGGGAGAAGGACUUCGACGACUUGCCCGGCGAAGGCAACGGCAGGGAGAAGCACAUGUGCCACGCCAAGUCCAAGUGCAAGAACAAGAUCCUCGUCUGCCCUCCAGAGUGUCCAUCCAAGAAGCCCAAGAAGAACAAGAAGAACAAGGGUUGCUUCGUCGACUGCAACCGCAACUGUGAGGUGGUUUGCAAGUUCAGAAGGCCCAACUGUGAUGGGUACGGAUCCCUUUGCUACGACCCGCGAUUCGUCGGAGGCGACGGAGUGAUGUUCUACUUCCACGGAGCCAAAGGAGGAAACUUCGCCAUCGUCUCCGACACCGACCUCCAGAUCAACGCCCACUUCAUCGGGACCCGACCCGAGGGAAGGACCCGCGACUUCACCUGGGUGCAAGCCAUCAACCUCAUGUUCGACUCCAACAACCUUGUCAUCGCCGCCAAGAGGCUGUCCAGCUGGGAUGAGGCCGUCGACGCCCUCACCGUCAGGUGGAACGGCGACGAGAUCACGCUUCCUACUGAGGGCGACGCCGAGUGGAGCAUUUCCACCGGAGAAAGCCGAAGUGUUGUGGUAGAAAGGACCGCCGAAACAAACAGCGUGAAAGUUAGGGUUUCGGGGCUGGUGGAGAUGAACAUUAGGGUUCGGCCCAUCGGGAAAGAGGAGGAUAGAGUGCACAACUAUCAGAUCCCGAACGGCGACGUUUUCGCCCACCUCGAGACUCAGUUCAAGUUCGACAACUUGUCGGAGAAGGUGGAGGGAGUUUUGGGCAAGACCUACCGUCCUGACUACGUCAGCCCGGCGAAGAUCGGCGUGCCAAUGCCGGUUCUAGGAGGAGAGAACAAGUACAAAACGCCGUCGCUUAUGUCACCUCUUUGCAAGGUUUGCAGGUUCCAACCUACCUCAGUAAUCGCCUCAGUAACUGCCUCAGCCUAAACGAGAAGAACAACAACAACAACCAGAUCGAGAGGCUACUAUUUAAUUAAUGCAUAUGCAUAAUAUUUCUUUUGUGUUCUUAUUGAAGAGGGUAAAAUUAUUUUCCUUCCCGCAAAAAUAAAACCUACCCAUUAUAUGGUUGAUGGGGGAAAAUUCAUAAUUUAAAUUAUUCAAGUGCUUGAGUAUAAUACAAAGCACAUUUAUUAUAAGUUGAUUUGUGUUUGUAUGAAUAAAUUGUUACUAUAAGUUAUCAAGUUGUAUUUGUACUAUUGGUUAUUUGUGAUUUGUUAAUACGGCUAAUUUUGUGAUUGUAUUAUUAACCAGUUUGUAUAAUUCAAGGAUUGACAUGUAAUACGAGGACAAUUAAAGAGAGAAUACGAAUUAUUUCCAUAGAAACUGUGUUCACGAGAUGGCAUUAAUUCAGAUGAAUAUAAUGCGUCCAAGGAAUUGAAACAUUGCUUUGAUAAAUUGGAGAGCUGAUUAAUGAAGGUCAACGCCUGGAUCCGAUCAUAGCAUUUCGAUUAUUGAACCGGCCGGCCAUACCUGGAAACUAGAGAUGCACAUCUAAAGAAGAACCUAACGUGACGCUGAAGAAAUUGAAUGCAUGGAUUUGAGUAACAAAGCCAGCUAGGCUGCAUGUGGCCGGGUUCCCCUCGCAGAUAGCGCUGACUUUCUGAUUAAGUAACAGCUCGUUCGUCGCCACGUCCAAUAAUAAUAUUCCUACAUAUAUAUACUGACCGCCCAAUGCAAAAGUCUACUACAAACCUCCCAAUGAUUGUUAAAAUGGUAAACUUCAACUACCAAAAGAAAGAGUCUAAGGGCUCGUUUGGAAGUUGCGAUAGUCUUGUUGAGAUUGUCAUUUGUUUACAAUGUAUCAUUUUUUUUGUUUUUUUUAGCAGAAACAAUACAUGGAUUGUUUCUAUGAUGUGACAGAAACUAUCACUCAUUUUGAGUGAUUGUUAUAUCUCAACUUUUAGUUGUGAUUGUUGAGAUAGUUGAGUUGAGAUUGUUUUGUCUCAGCUUUUAGCUGAUGCGACAUACACAAUCACACAUACCAAACGUUGUAUUCUACAAUGCAUCAAAUUCGACAAUACAUGUAGGGAUCGUUUGGAUUAGAGAUUUUGAUAACGAGGGAUUUUAAUUAAAAUCUCUCGUUUAAAAUACAUGGAAAUUUGUAUGUGGGAUUUGAUCAAAAUAACUUGUUUGGAUUGAAACGCAGAAUUUUAAACUUAAAACUCAAUUUACAAUAUUAUCCUUUGUCUUCUUCGUUUGUUCGUUGUUCAUAUUCUACCUCAUUCACUCAAUCAAACAAAUUACAGACUAGAGCAAUGGUUCCUUCUUCUACACCUACUAUUCGCAGCAACCAUCUGUUCUUCCCCUACUUCUAGAAUAACUAAUCACAACAAAGGAUGCUUUUCUUUUAUGCUUCCAUCACAAUCUCAAAAUCUCAUAACUGUGUGCAGAUUAAAGAAAGAAGAUAAAAGCCCCAGAAUCAAAGAUAAAUAAAAACCCCAAAAUCACAAACCCAAAAUCUCACUCCCUUCCAAUUCCAACCGAUUGGGUUUGCAGAACAAAGAAAGAAUUGUUAGUCAAUUGGAACCCAAAUUGGGUAAUUCCCUCUUCUCUCUCCCAUCUGACCCCCUCCUCGUCCCCAAUAAUCCAUCUGAACCUGCCAAUUUCCCAACUUCUUCUCGAUUCUUAACCAUGCAUAUGCGAACAACAUAUUGGAGUCGGCGUGGCAGGUGUCCCCGGCGCGACCAGUGAACCCAGAACCAAGGGAGAGCUUCUCCGCCAUAGAGAAGUUGUCGAUGGGUUGUUAUUAGGGUUCAUGUACGGCGGUGAAGGCGACCGGGGAGGAAACGAUUAAGCGUAAUAGAUUGAAUCCAGAUUC